AUGAAACCAGAUAUAAGUGCCCCAGGAGUAGAAAUCUUACCCGCAUAUUCACCUAUAGCGUCACCCUCAUAUUAUCCAAGUGAUAAAAGACAGGUUAAAUACAAUAUUUUAUUUGGAACUUCUAUGUCAUGUCCUCAUGUUGCUGGUAUUGUUGCAUAUGUGAAAUCAUUUCAUCCUGAUUGGUCACCUGCAGCUCUCAAAUCUGCCAUCAUGACAACCACUAAGCCAGUUAAAGGUCAUUAUGAUGAUUUGGCAGGUGAGUUUGCUUAUGGAUCUGGGAAUAUCAAUCCACAACAAGCCAUUCCCCCCGGACUUGUUUAUGAUAUUACGAAGCAAGAUUAUGUGCAAAUGCUUUGUGAUUAUGGUUAUGAUACUAACAAAAUAAAACAAAUUACUGGAGAUAAUUCGAGUUGCCAUCAAGCGUCGAAAAGAUCUUUGGUGAAAGAUAUAAACUAUCCUGCAAUGGUGAUUCCUGUAUAUAAGCAUUUCAAUGUCAAGAUUCAUAGAACAGUUACAAAUGUUGGUUUUCACAACUCAACCUACAAGGCUACUCUCAUCCAUCAUAAUUCAAAAAUCAAGAUUAGUGUGGAACCUAAACUUCUAUCAUUCAAGUCAUUACAUGAGAAAAAAUCGUUUAUCGUCACUGUUGUUGGGGAAGCAAAAUCAAAUCAAACUGUGGGUGCUGGUAUUGCUGAAACAUAUCAGCAUGUUUAG